AUGGCUGUAAGCUUCGCUCGUUCAAGCUACAUCACAGCAGACUCGUCUUCAACGGUCGGCAGUAUGGUUUCCCAAUCACCGGCCCUCAGCACAGGGCACUCGGAUGCUGGUUCUGGCAGCGGAACGCCGAACUCCUCUCCUCCCGCUUCAAGACCUCGCAGUCCCGAGCUCAAGCAUCACGAAUCGCUGGAUGCCUCGGAUCUCGAGCCUCUCGAGCCAUUGAACGUCAAGAACGUCUGCUUCGUUGGGGCUGGCUUUGUUGGUGGCCCAACUGCGGCUCUGAUCGCACUUCACAACCCCGACCUCACUGUCAAUGUCGUGGACCUCAACGCCGAUCGCAUCGCCGCGUGGAAUUCUCCCCAUCUACCAAUCCACGAGGCUGGCCUUCCCAAGAUUGUACGCAUCUCUCGCGAUGGGACCAACGAGGCGACAGCCUUCCUUCCUUCGGUGGGCAACUCUGUAAAGAUUGCCCCUCGCAAGCCCAAUCUCAUCUUCACCACCGACGUCCAGCGAUGCAUCGGCGAAGCAGACAUUGUGCUUAUCUGCGUCAACACGCCCACCAAGACCUACGGCCUCGGCGCUGGCUACACUGCAGACCUGAGCGCUCUGGAAGGAGCUUCUGAGACUGUCGCCAAGUACGCAAAGGACGGCGCUGUCAUCGUGGAGAAGAGCACAGUCCCCACGGGAACAGCCCGCAUGAUCCGUGAGAUUAUGGCCCAGUAUCAGCCCGACGCCGAAUUUGAGAUUGUCUCCAACCCCGAGUUUCUUGCCGAGGGAACCGCCGUGCGCGAUCUUAUGCACCCCGACCGUAUCCUGAUUGGCAGCUCCACGACGCCUGCUGGUGUCCGCGCUGCCAACGCUCUCAAGGGCGUGUACGCUGCCUGGGUUCCGGAGGAGAAGAUUUUGACCGUCAACACCUGGUCCAGCGAGCUCACCAAGCUCGUCGCCAACGCCAUGCUAGCCCAGCGUAUCAGCAGCAUUAACAGCAUCAGUGCUCUCUGCGAAGAGCUCGGUGCCGAUGUUCAGGAAAUUAGCCAGGGUAUUGGUGCAGACACUCGCCUGGGCAAGAAGUUCCUCCACGCCGGUGUUGGAUUUGGUGGUUCUUGCUUCGAGAAGGAUAUCCUCAACCUGGCCUACAUGGCUCGUACGCUCCACCUGGACACUGUCGCCGACUACUGGAUGGGCGUCCUCGAUAUCAACAAGUACCAGCGUGAACGUUUCGCCCAAAAGGUUCACCGCGCCCUCAAUGGCAACUUGCGCCGCAAGAAGGUGGCCAUCCUGGGUUUCGCCUUCAAGGAAAACACCAACGACACCCGCAACAGCAUUGCGGUCCACAUCAUCAACGAAUUGGCUCACGAGAUGCCCAACGAGAUUGCCAUCUUCGACCCUGGCUGCGACCCCGUCGAGGUGAUGGACGAGGUUCGCCAGUCUAUCCCAGACGAGCGUGUGGUCGAGCGUGUCAAGGUCCACACCAAUUGGCGGGACACAGUUCACGGUUCGAGCGCCAUCUGCAUUCUUACUCCCUGGUACCAUUUCCGUUACCCGAAGCAGGCUCAGACCACAGCCCGCCGCUCAUCCGUCUGGAGCAGCCCCGAGGCUUCUCGCGAGGAGGCCAAGGCGUUCAUCAAGGAGUCUCUGUCCGAGAUGGAUAUUGUUGAACUCGAAAAGUUUGUCUCCCGUACCAGUACCAACACGCCGACAGAUCCGUUGAAGCGCAUGAAGGCAGAGGCCGAGUGUCAAGAAGGCUGCAAGGGUUGCAACUUUGAUGCUGCCAACGAAGACCUGGGCGACCCCGUUGACUGGGAGUGGGCUGCUUCGGUUAUGAAGCGCCCUCGUCUCGUGCUCGACGGACGUAAUGUCGUCUCCGUCCCUGAACUCGAGAAACUCGGAUUCCAGGUGCAGGGCAUCGGCAAAGGUCUGGUCAUCUAG